GAGAUUGCUCCUGAUACCAAACACCGAUACGACCACAGCGAAACGCAAUACAGUACGGUAUUUCCGUUGCACACCAUGGCCCCCAAGACGUCCGAGACACUCCUCACACCCGCCGAGGAGGCAACGAUCGAUUCGUGCGCCAACCACCACCUCACGAGAAACCCCGUCAGUGCCACCAGCGUUGCCGAUUUCGAUUUCGAUCGCGAUCUAACACUCGAAGAAAGCAAAACCCCCGAGGCCUGCAAAAACGUCGCCCCCCGCGGCCCCUUUGCCGACCACUACACGAACCUCGCGAGCGCCUCGGGCGGCGCGAGGGUACUCUUUGCGACGGACGACUGGUUUGCCACCGCCGAAAACCUGCUCGAAGACGGUCCCCCCCGGUUCGACCCCGAGGCCUUUUGCGAGCAGGGAAAGGUCCUGGACGGGUGGGAGACCCGGCGCCGCCGACAGGCCGGGCACGACUGGUGCCUGAUCCAGCUCCCGAAGCGUUCCGAGAUAUCUGCGCUCGAGCUCGACACGGCCCACUUUACCGGCAACAACGUGCCGAGAAUCAGCCUGGAAAUCUGCGACCUGCCCGCCGCCGAGCUUUCGGGCAUGGUGGCGAAGCUCCCCGGGGCCUACGAGCGCCUCCUCCACGGCGGCGUCCGGGGCACGGGGCGGCUGCCCGGGGAGGUCGCCGCUGCUUCCGAGGCGGUGGAACGAAGCGGAGCGUGGAGGGAGCUCCUGCCGGAAACCCCGCUUUCUCCGGGCUUCGAGCCCACCCGGAUGCACUACGUUCGCCUCGAGACCCCCGCCACGGGAAACCUUGUAAGGGUCAACUACUACCCGGACGGGGGCGUGGCGCGGCUUAGGUGCUGGGGAACGAGCCUCGGCGACGUCAAGCCGGCCACCACGCCGCUCUACAUGCCGGUCCAGACCUGCGACGCAUGCACCGUCGUGGCGCAUUCCUCGGUAUCGGAUCCAUCGGAACUCCCCUCGCGGCAGCCGACCGAGCACCGUGAGCUCUCCUCCCUGGACCAGGGAGGCAUCGGGGGGGCCUGCUCCAACAAGCACUACGGCGAGCCGUGGCGCCUGAUCCAGCCGACCCUCGGGAGGGACAUGGGAGACGGCUGGGAAACCGCCCGCCACCCGAGCCGGCCGGGGAUCCUCCGGAGGCAGCGGGGCAGCACGCUGCUCGACACGCCGCUCUCGGACUGGGCCGUCGUCCGGCUCGGGGGGAGCGGAUCGCGAACCGGGGUCGCGAAAAUCAUUGUCGACACGAAGCACUUUCGCGGGAACUACCCCGAGUCGGUCCGGAUCGAGGGGUGCCACAGCCUUCCUUGCGGGGAGACGGAGGCGCCGGAAGCGGCGGGGGGCUACGACCCCUCCGAAAGGGGGAGCGGCGAGUGGUUUUCUCUGGUCCCACGCUCGAGGACGAGCCCGGACGCCGAGCACGUCUUUGAGCGGUCCAGGGGCCAGCUGGAGAACGCCGACCGACCGGUCACGCACGUCCGCGUCUCGAUCUUUCCCGACGGCGGGCUCUCCCGCCUCCGGGUCUACUGCUGAGCGGAGCAGCCCGUGGUCGGGCCGGGCCGGGCGCACGCGACAGACGCCUGCGAGCGGCGGGCUCUCCCAGCGACAAAGUGAGCCGCGAGUGCCCGUUCGACUCCGUAACAAGCAGCAGCAGCAGCAGUGUCUAGAACAAUUCACGAUUUAAAAAAAUUUCUGGAUGUUU